ACAAAAAAUAAACAUUGGAAUAUUUCUCUAUACACUUUAUCCUUUCAAAUGUCUAUCCAAUCUUUUUCUACCUCUCUCGAUUACCAUCUUUAAGAUGGUAUCAGAGCAGGAAACUAAAAAACAACCUCCAAUGGAGGUCAGCCAAAUACACACUCUCAAAUUAUUGAUCGAGACAAUCGCAAAUCUAAUUGAUUUGUACAAAUCCAACACAAACCAAAGCCAAAAUUCAUACCCGUUGAAGAAUCUCGGCGUAGGGUCCAAGCGCACAGCAGCCACAUCGACUCAGGCAAACAACCGAAGUAGAAACAUAUCCCUGCCUCCUAACGGAAACCAUAUCGAAUCUGCCCACAAGGACAAACUUCCUAAACCGAAGAAGACGUACGCCAAUGCCCUUGUUGACGGCGGAAGCAGCAACACCGGUCGACAAUUGCAUCCGUCAAAUUCAGAAGCGGCGGCGGCGGCUGAAGGAGCGACGGCUGCUGAAGGAGCUGCGUCGGCAGCGGAGGCUGCUGAAGGAGCUGCGGCGGCGGCGGCUGAAGGAGCGACGGCUGCUGAAGGAGCUGCGGCGGUGGCGGAGGCUGCUGAAGGAGCUGCAUCGGUGGGGGAGGCUGCUGAAGGAGCAGCAUCAGCGGCGGAAGCUUUGCAGCGGAGAAGAAGAAAGAAACAGGGGAUGUGCCGGAUUUUGGCAGGCGGAUAUCAAGACGGGAACGAUAGGUGGGCGUGGCACUGAGCGACAUGGUCUGUACUACGUAGAUGAGAUUGCCCAACA